UCAAAUGAGCUUGCAGCUUCAUAGCUCCGAACCACAGUCUGCAGAUUCUGAUGCUUCUUCAGAUUCACAAAAGAUCCUUCCAAUCACCAGCCCAUCAUCUCCCAAUCUCGAAUGCUACAACUACCCAUCUCGCAAACACCGCAGAAGAAAGUUUCGAACAGAGCUACCGAAACAUCUGCGAUCUUCUGCUUACUCUCACCCACUCCAGGUCUCUCUCCAAAGGCCAGCAGAUCCAUGCGAACGUUAUCAAAUCCGGAAAGCAAACUAUUCCUCUCCUAUCUAACCAUUUCAUCAACUUCUAUUCAAAAUGCCAACGGCCUUACGAUUCCCGCCAAGUUUUUGAUGAAAUUCCUCGAAAGCUAGCCACUUCUUGGAGCUCCAUCAUCUCUACUUUUGCCCAAAAUGAGCUCCCUCUGCUGUCGCUUGAAUUUUUUCGAAAAAUGUUUGAUAAUGGAAUUCGACCAGAUGAUCAUAUAUUCCCUAGCGCGACGAAAGCGUGUGGUAUUCUCUCGAGACCGGAUAUUGGACAGUCUAUACAUUCUCUUGUUGUGAAGAUGGGAUUCGACUCGGAUGUGUUUGUUGGUAGCUCGAUGGUCGAUAUGUAUGCCAAAUGUGGGGAAAUUAAAUACGCUCGUCGGAUGUUUGAUGAAAUGCCGGAGAAGAAUGUGGUUUCUUGGAGUGGGAUGAUAUAUGGGUAUGCCCAGUUGGGUGAGGAUGAAGAGGCUUUAAAGCUCUUUAAACAAGCAUUAAUGGAGGAUUUGGGUGUGAAUGAUUUUACUUUUUCGAGUAUAAUACGGGUCUGUGGCAAUUCAACACUUCUUGAAUUGGGUAAGCUGAUACACGGUUUGUGUCUGAAAAUGAGCUUCGACUCCUCAAGCUUCGUGGGUAGUUCUUUGAUAUCCUUGUAUUCCAAGUGUGGAGUAAUCGAAGAAGCUUACCGUGUUUUUGAUGAGAUAGCAGUAAGAAAUCUUGGCAUGUGGAAUUCAAUGCUGAUUGCUUGUGCUCAGCAUUCUCAUACACAGAAAGCAUUUGACUUGUUUAAUCAGAUGGAGAAUGAUGGGAUCCGGCCAAACUUCAUCACUUUCUUGUGCGUGUUGUAUGCUUGUAGUCAUGCAGGACUCGUAGAAAAAGGCCAAUUCUACUUUGACCUCAUGAAGAAGCAUGGUAUUCAACCGGGUGCUCAGCACUAUGCUUCCAUGGUAGACUUACUAGGCCGUGCAGGCAAACUGGAGGAGGCAGCCACAAUUAUUAAGGAAAUGCCAGUGGAACCAACAGAAUCAGUUUGGGGAGCUUUGCUGACUGGGUGUCAGAUCCAUGGGAACACAGAGUUGGCGGCCUUUGCAGCUGAUAAGGUUUUCGAAAUUGGCCCUGUAAGUUCAGGCCUCCAUGUGUUAUUGUCAAACGCUUAUGCAGCUGCAGGCAAAUGGGAGGAGGCAGCCAAGGCAAGGAAGAUGUUGAGGGACCGAGGGGUGAAAAAGGAAACUGGUUUGAGUUGGGUUGAGGAGGGCAAUAAAGUGCACACAUUUGCAGCAGCAGAUAGAUCUCACCCAAAAACUGAAGAGAUCUAUUGGAAGUUGGAGGAAUUGGGGCAAGAAAUGGAACGAUCCGGUUAUGUUGCUGACACAAGUUUCGUUUUACGGGCUGUUGAUAGUGAGGAAAAAAAGCAGGCAAUUGGGUAUCACAGUGAGAGGUUAGCAAUUGCUUUUGGUCUCAUCACCUUCCCGCCAGGAAGACCAAUUCGGGUCAUGAAGAACUUGCGUGUAUGUGGUGAUUGUCACACUGCAAUAAAAUUCAUGUCCAAGUGUACCUCAAGAACAAUAAUCGUGAGGGAUAACAAUAGAUUCCAUCGGUUUGAGGGUGGCACUUGCUCCUGUGGUGAUUAUUGGUAGUUUUUGCUUAUUUCGUUUUGGUAGGGUUCAGCUUCUAUUCACAAGAAGAAAAUUAGAAUAGUGACAAUCUCAAAAAGCAAGCAGAUAUUAUCUGACAAAAACACCUUGUUUCCCAGACUAUAGAGGUAAUUGCAUUGUAAGAAAACUAUUACAUUGAUUGUUUUCUGGUAAGAAAUGAGGAACAAAGCUGAUUUUCACUAGCUAUAUCA